AUGCCCAGAAAUCCCUGCACGACAUGCCCCAAGACUUUCAACACGGCAUACGGUCUUGGCAGACAUGCCAAAGCAUGCGCUGGACGCAUCCCUGUUAUUCAGCAAAGCCUCAACAAGCGCAAGGCGGUACGAGAGGAGGCCGAGGAUGACAGGAAGCGAGCACGCCUGUGGGAAGGUUAUGUGCCCGAGCCAGAGAUCGAAAUCGCUGUUGUCGAGCCCCCAAGCCCGCCUGCACGACGCAGUGGACGCUCUGGGCGGGGAAUUAAGGUGCCCUCCAAGUGGAAGGACUAUCUUCCAUCAAGCAAACGGGCCUUGCCCUCGCAGUUCGCAGACACCAUCCCCCGCGACCCAUCUCCCCCACCUCCAGCUUCCCCCGCACACUCUGCCACGCCGUCUCUGCCUGACAACGACGCUCCAGGUGCCGCCGCAGGCCCCCCAGCGGAAGAGAUACACAAUACACCGGCGGAUGGGUUCGGUAUAUUCCGCAGUUACCGUUCCAUUCCCCAGGUGAAUCCCUGUCAAGGCACGACCUUAGAUGAAGUAUCCAACAUAGCCGCGGAUGCUCCAUCGCGCGGCGAACUACCAAAGUCCAUUCGCUGGCUUGACCGCUCUGAGGAGGACACGAACGAGCACCCGUGGGGCCCCUGCGACAACGAGACAUCCUUCUCUCUUGCGGAGUGGUUCAACAACGCAUCAAAUGGCAAGUCUUUGGACGACUUCGAUGCUCUCCUCAAGGUCAUCAAGUCAGACUCAUUCAAGCUCGAGGACGUCAAGCCGCUGACUGCCCGGGGUUUGAUGAAGAAGUUGGAUGACUACACAGCAACUUCGGGGAUCUUCUUGGCGCGCGACAGUUGGCGCAACGCUUCAAUCGACAUCCCACUCCCCAAACCUGGCACAAAGUAUGCAUCCGAAGCCGAUGCCCCACGCUUCAAGGUUCAUGGUCUGCAUUUCCGUAAGCUACUCGAAGUGCUGGUCGGUGAGGUCCAGGAUCGCCGCUUCACAAGUAAGCGAAACUGGAUCCCUUUCGAGACCUACUGGCUGCCGCCUGCCGAUCCUGACGCAGCCCCUGGUACGCCACGCGUCCCGCCAAUCCGCGUCUUCUCAGACACGUUCGACACCAACAAAAUGAACCGGCUCGAAGCGGAGCUCAAGCGGCGCCCACGGAAUCCCGACGAUCCGCCAGACCUGGAGUAUGGAAUCCUGCCCGUCUGCAUCUGGUCAGAUGCGACAUGCCUUGCAACCUUCGGAUCAGCAUCGCUAUGGCCAAUAUAUGUCUACGUUGCAAACAUCAACAAGUACAUCCGCGGCAAGCCGACCGAGUUCGUCGCCCAGCACUUGGCGUACCUGCCAUCGCUCCCCGACGCCCUACAGGACUUCUAUCGGGCGCAUUACAAGCAGGUGCCGUCAGCUGAAACUUUGCGCUGGUGCAAGUGCGAGCUGAUGCAGCAGAUCUGGCUGCAGCUCCUCGACACUGACUUCAUGGAAGCCUACGAACAUGGCAUUGUUCUGGAGUGUGGCGACGGAGUCCUCCGUCGCUUGUUCCCGCGCUUGCUCACCUAUUCCGCCGACUACCCUGAGAAAGUGCUACUUACCGCCAUCAAAAACCUUGGAAAAUGCCCGUGUCCGCGCUGUCUCGUUACUAAGGACAAGGUAUCGCAAGCCGGAACGAAACCAGACCUCGCCCGGCGUCGCAUACUCAAGCGAGUCGACGAUGCACCCUUGCGGACUUCCGUGCAGAAAACACGCGAGUGGCUGUUCACGAAGGGAUAUAAAGUCUCGAGCCAACGGCUCAAACGCGUGCUCGAUAGCAAGUUGCUCACCCCGAUGCAGAUGUUUGCACCCGACCUGAUGCACGAGUUCGACCUCGGCGUCUGGAAAGGGAUUUUCACUCAUCUCAUGCGGCUCCUCGAAGCACAAGGGCCGAAUGCCGUGCAGGAAUUUGACCGACGGCAAGUGCAUUUCAACAUGCGACAAAUGCCUACGUUCGGGCGAGACAAGAUACGACGCUUUUGGCACAACGUCUCCCGCCAGAACAAGCUCACCGCCCGAGAUUAUGAAGAUUUUCUCAUGACGGCAAUGCCAGCGUUCGAAGGACUACUUCCGCUCCGCGAUAAUGAAACAAUCACCAACUUGCUGUUUGAGCUUGUCAACUGGUAUUCCCUCGCGAAGCUUCGCCUUCACACGCAAGUCACAGUCGACAUAUUCCGCGUGGCCACCAAACACAUGUACGCGGCGGUACGGCACUUCGCGCGCACGACCUGCGAGGGUCACGUCAUGCAUGAGCUUGCGAAGGAGGCGGAUGUGCGUGCUCGUCGACAGGGUGCACGGCCUGGGAAAAAGGCUGGCAGUACCCAACCUUGCAUCGUCAAGUUUGGCACCUGGAAGACCUACAAGUAUCACGUUCUCGGGGACUGCCCCGACUAUGUAGAGUCUGCCGGGCCCCUCGAGACCACAUCGACGAAAAUGGGAGAACUCGAACACCACCACACAAAGCGGGUGUAUGCGCGCACCAACAAGCACGGUUUUGCCGUCCAAAUCGCGAAGCACCAGCGCCGCCAAGCCGUGCUACGACGCAUACGCGAGCGAGUCACAGCCGCAGCAAAUGCCGCAGACGCAGCGACAACCGGCUCGACAUCUUCCAAACGCGCAUGGCAAAGCCUUUCCAAGAGACGCCGCGCUGCACGCCGUCCCAAAGAAGACCUCACGGUCUGUGGCGAAACCGAUUUCAAGAGGGCGAGCGACCCUGCUGCUCGCUAUGAAAUGGGUGAAUCCAACGGCGAGCGGAUCAACUUUUACAACUGGGCCGCAAAGAACGACAACGACCCAGCUUUGCAGGCAUACCCCACCCUUCCCUUCUCCCUCAAGCUGCUCGCGAACCUCACUGUCAAUGGCGAUGUUCUCUAUCAACAUCGCGUCAUUCAGUUCAACUACACCACCUACGACAUGCGGCACGACCAGGACUCUGUCAACCCGCGCACACAUGCGGACGUCAUGCUGCUUGCGCGCGAUUGCGCGGAAGGGGCCCAUCCGUACUGGUACGCACAGGUCAUUGGAAUCCUGCAUCUGUACGUACGCUACACGGGGCCUGGAGUUCACUCGCGAUGGAAGACAUGGCAGCGUCUCGAGAUGCCCUGGGUGCACUGGUACGAGUUCGACACUACCUACGCGUCCGGAUUUCAAGCACGUCGUAUCCCACGCCUACACUUCGUGGAUGCACACAACAAGGACGCCGUUGCCUUCGACUUCGUUGAUCCUGCGGACGUCCUCCGCGGCGCCUACAUCAUCCCCUCAUUUGACGGCGGCCUCACGACCGAGAGCCUCAAUUAUGCCGGGUCGGUUGGGCGUCACGAAAGCCAUCCGGACGAAGAUUACCGGUAUUACUUUGUCGGCAUCCAUGUUGAUCGUGAUAUGUACAUGCGCUACCUGGGCGACGGAGUCGGCCACCGCAGCAUCGGCGUGAUGGUCAAGGAGUCCCUCGGCGCAUCUGCGCGUGUCAGGCAAAAGCGCGCGCCCCGCUGCAACGCAGAGUCCGCAGCAGGCAGCGAUUUGGACGCCGAAGGCCCUCAGGCCGAGCUCCCUUCGGGCUCCUCCUCCGACAGUGGCGAUGACAACCUGCCCUGGAGGGCGGAAGACGGCGCGCGCGAAGGAGACGAUGACGACGCGGCCGAGGCGGACCCGGCGAGUGCGCAGCCAUCAGAUGCCGAGGACGCGAUGGACGUGCGGUCUGGCGGCGCGAAUUCGGCGGCUGGUAGCGACGCGGAGGGCGGGGACGGGUCAGAGGAAGACGAGGAAGAGGAUGUGGCAGACGAGGACGGUUGGAUGUUCGAUGCCGGUGCGGGCUCGGAUGGGUAUGAUUCUACUGGACCCGCGGGAAGCAAUGAAGACGGCGAGUACGGGGAUGAGGACGAGGACUCCGAUUCUGACCUAGAGUACGAGUACAGCAGGUCAUAA